AUGCCGUGUUACAUCAUAUUUUAUCAUUUUCGUUCUCAGCAGCUUCUUAAUCGAGUCAUGGCCGACUACCUUACUGAUUCCAGUCGCUAG